AUGGACCCAUCCGGAGAGCUCGCUACCGCAGCCUGCGCCUGCCGGGCCUCGUCCGCGUCUCCCUGCGCACCCCUCCGCGAGCGAGCCCAGUAUUCGUGGGCGCCUGCUCGUGUUGCGUCGAACCGCCCGGACGGUGAGCCGCGGCAGGAGCGCGGGUGCUCGCCUCUGCGGCACCCUCAACAGCCGCCCUCUCCUCGCCGCCCUUCUCCUGAGCGUCGCGAGCACUAUCAGCGCGGGGAGGGGGGUAAGCGUUCUCCUGCACGUCCUCGCUCCCCUCGCCGCCCAUCCCCUCGUGGUCAGGCAGGCCAGCGCUCACCGCGAGCGCGAUCCCCCGCGCAACGUUCUCCUCGGCGAUCUCCGGCGACGCGGGGGAGGGGGUCGCCUGGUCGUCGCUGGGAUUCGGGUCGCCGCGAGCAGUCCCCCCCGCGUCCACAUUCGGCUGGUUCCGGGGGACGGCGGGGCUGGCGGAAGGGCGGAGGGCGAGGCGGGAAUGGCAACCAGCCUGAUCCAGCCCUCGAUCAUGCUGCGGACACGUUCGUGGAGGUGGUGAGGCAGGCCCGGGCGAGUGGGGCGCCGACUCACGUCCAUAUUGAGGUGACCAACGGUCCCCCCAUCGCCGCGGACCCAGGCCAGGUCGCUCCUCUGCGUGCGCCGACGCUGCGCGAGUAUCAGCCCACGCGUGAGGGGAGGGCUCAGUUCCGCACCCCCCGUCAGGUUCCCGGCUUCUCUGCGCCGCGCUUGGCUGUUGGCCGGACUCCUGGCUGGCCGGCGGCGUUUCUGCACGAAGCGCAGACUGCACCUCUCCCCACUCGCGCGGGGAGAGACCCCAUGCUGACCAUGUGCCGGGUUCUGAAUCUGGCGGAGGCGUGCGAGGUGGAGGCGAACUUGCAGCUGGCGGUGUGUGGGGCCACGAGGAGCUUUCCGAGCAGUUUUGGUCCAGGGACUCGAGGAUCCUGCGUGACUUUGGCAGAAUCACUCGAGUCGCCGUUGGCACCCGUGUCGGACGCGCCCGCCGGGGUAGCUCCCUUAGCCCGUACUUUCCCCCGCCACGUGGGGGAUCUUGUAGGGGCUGCUCAAGCCGGGACCCCCUUGGACACGCUCCAGUCGUCGGCGCAUCUCCUUCUUGCGUUGUCGGCGUGCAUGCGCUCGAUGCUUGAGGUGGAGGGGGCGGAACCGUACACGAUGAAGUUCACAGACCGCUUUCACCAGAACUUCCUUCGAAAGCACCUGGGAGCUGCUGCAUUUUCCCGUCCCCUUAUUCCAUUGGACGGCCAUAGUCAGCCACUGCUCUGCCAGGAUUUCAAGCAGCAGCAGCAGCAGCGCUCGGAGGGCGUAGGAGCAGCGGCACUGGCAUUCGGGGGGCUGUCGUACGAGGAGUGCGUGAUGGCGUUCCUCGCCCCCAAUGCUCGCUGCUGCCUCCCAGCAACCCCGCCCAACCUCUCAUCCCUCGCCACCCCUCCUCCUGCUUCGCAGACUCCUUUUCCUGCUUUCGAAACCGCCGCCCUCUCUGCUGCUGCUGCUUCUACCACUGAGUUUCCAUUCUCCCGUGAUGCCGUCCCCGUUGCUGCUGCCUCUAGAACCGCUACUCUGCGCCGUGCAGUGAAGCGGCCCUGGAUGGCAUGCUUUGAAUGCCACCGCUGGUUAUGGGCCUAG